GCACAUGGAUGGAGGCGCCGGCACAUGUCUCGGUUGCACGACACCGCCGCAGAGCGCCGCUGCCUGUCUCUUCGCUGAUUUCGAGACGUGCACGUUGCAUCGGGGGUCGCUGCUGGCCUGCUUGCUACCCCGCACGUUCUUCCUUAGCUCUCGGAGAAACGAUGUGGCUGCUGGCGUGUUUCGCACCGGCUGCUCUCCUGCUUGCCCUGUUCGCCUACAACAGGCUGUCCACGAGGCUCUGCCGGUGCAAGGCCGACCUGAGCGGACGAACGGUGGUCAUCACGGGAGCCAACGCCGGUAUCGGCUACGAGACGGCCCGCCAGUUGGCCCUACGCGGCGCGCGGCUCGUGCUCGGCUGUCGCAACGAGGAGCGCGCGAGGCGCGCCGUCGAGCGGCUGGCCUCGGAGACUCGUAGCACGGCGGUCAGCUGGCUGCCGCUCGACACGUCGAGUCCGGACUCGGUGCGCGCCUUCGUCGAGCGCCUGCUGCGGCUCACGGGUGGCCGCGUGCACGUGCUGGUGAACAACGCGGCCACCGCGGCCGACGACGACUGCCGGCGACUGACGGCCGAGGGCCACGAGCUGGUCUGGGCCACCAACUACCUGGGCCACUACCUGCUGACGCGCCUGCUGCUGCCGACGCUGCGGGAAUGCGCGCCCUCUCGCGUCGUCAACCUGACGUCAGUGGCGCAGCAGAUGGCGCGCAUCGACUGGGACGACGUGCAGGGCCUGCGCGGUACCUGGGCAGCCGGCCGCGCUUACUGCAACUCCAAGCGAGCCAUGCUCCUCUUCACCGCCGAGCUGGCCCGACGUCUGCACGGAAGCGGCGUGAGCGUGUGCGCAGUACAUCCCGGUGUGGUGAACACACCCGUCGCCAGAGGCCUAACGCGUGUGAAAGAACCCUGGUUCGGCUUGCUGUCCACCUUAUUCGGAGUCAAGACGGUGCGCGAGGCCUGCGAGACGACUGUGCACGCAGUUGUGGCGACGAACCCAUGCAGCGGCUGGUACCUGUCCGAUUGUCGUGCUCGGUGGCCAGCCGCCCGCUGCCCAGACGACGAGCGGGACGCAGGCCGCCUGUGGGCGCUCAGCGAGCUCGCCUUUCCGGCGUUGCCGCCGGUGGGAGAAGGAAGUCGAUGACUCGUCGCCUCUGCAGCACUGUCUCGAACGGUCACGCUCAUUCAGUAUUGCACCGCCUGAGAGGCCAUGCCUCCCUUGCUCCACGCACCUCGGACCCCUUUUAUACGCCCACGUAUACAGCAGGCCUGUUCCCGUGGUGCGCGGUUAUAUCACAUGUGGGAUUCGGGACGCGACGUCUGUAGGCCGAAGUUGGGUGGACCAUGUAGGAAGGCUUAUAAGGCGCCACUUUGGACGUCGAGUGAGAGUGCUAUUCGCCACUUCCUCCAGUUUUGGAGUCCGUCUAUCGCCGAGUGAACUGUGCCAAUUCUGGAGACCGCGUAAUCGAGGGUGGUGAAUUGGUGGGCCGAUCCCGAACCCUGUGCGCGAUGUUUCCUCGCAAGGAGUUUAACCCUCCAGAGCCCACCGUACCGUUUUUUAUACGUUAAUUGAACUUCGUACCUGAAAAUACUUAUUUAGGCGCGAGAAACUUAAUGGGAAGACCGUGUGGUAACAUUUUUUAUACCCGGUGCUAAGUUGCCAGCAAUGGACAGUUCAGGAAAGGAAUUAUGACUAGGGCAUUGCUAUUGUGAUUACAUUUUAAUUUAAACUAUACGUCAUAGUGUUUUCGUGUUAUAUUUGUCCUAUUCAUGACCAGGAAUGAGUGUGAAAAACUCAUUUAUUGUUGUGGAAUGGCGUCUGCGAUUUGUGGAGUUUGUGUCUGUAAUGCGGGCUGAUCCUGGUGGCAGUGCAGUCAAAAGUAGCUGUGUCAGAGUGUUAUUUACUUAACUGGUCUUUAGUCACUUUAACGACAAAUAUGCCUUUUGGGGCGUCGUAGCUAACUCUUAGGGAUCUUUUUAUGGCCAGUUAGCGUUUCUUGCAUCAUUGUUAGAUGAACUGCUUCACUGGCCAUCAGGAAAAGGAACUGUAAAAGAAGCGAAAUGGUGAAAUGUUUUGUCAAACACACGCUGCUCUGCAUAACGGAAACAUUCAUCUUGGGUUUUCGGCGCUUCUUUCGCAAUCGGUUCAGAAGUCGCCAUCGCGUGGAAGUAUAAUCGUGUAGAAAACAAAGCAGCAUAUACCUGCCAACCUGUGUUUCAUAGAUCUCACUUUAUCACCAAUGAUUUACCUUUCGACGAAGCACACAAGCGGCAACGAACUUGCAGUGCAGAACGCCGUGUUGCUUGUUGAAGUGUGGUUACCAUAGCAACGGUGUUGUCUCCACACGUGACGCCGAUUUGAUGGCAGACACCUGGAAUCCGAGGUGCAGCCGGGGCUAUAGAAGCAAAAAAUGUUUGUUCCUUAAUACCUUGUGGUUUGUUUACAGUGGGGCCAAACUAAAGUUGUUGGGCGAUGUGACGCGCUGCUUCAGUAUUCAUGUAAACAGUGCAAACUUUUUUUAAGAGUUUACCCUCAAGGGUGCAAAAGGCUUUACAGUGGGCGCUGUCGCGAACCUCACCAGAUGCUUACAUGAACCAGCAAUUAAUCCUGCCGCUACUAAGCGAGUUGGGUUUCAUAUAUCACAAGUAUACCUAUACCUUAAGCACAGCUUUUCUUAACAAACACUGCAUCUUUACUGCAUCUAUGGGACCUCCAUAGACCACAGUACAGGUUUCUUUUAAUCUCCCAAAACCUUCGUUUCGACAAAUUUUCGACAAGCAUUCGGCUACGCUCAAAAGAUGAACGACAUCGAAGGGGUAAUUAAGCGCUGUAUAAGAAAAAUACGAUGUGUACAAUUGUAUUUAUUCCAUCCUAUGAAAACGUUUAAUAUCAUGCACUGUGUAUGCUUAUGCACAUUUCAAAACUUUGAUGCUUUUUAUGUUUAUGCACUACGUAGUUCAUAAGCCAUGCGGAUAUGUAAUUGCCGAAUAAGGCACACUGUGAGACGCCAAAAAAAAUUGUUUUUUUUUUUGGAGGGGGGGGGAGGGUAGGUUCGCACUUGCGUGCGCCUCUCCCCCACCCGCUAUAUACGCCCCUGGAGAAACGUCGACUCGGGAUUGUCCAGAUGAUGGAAGGCGAUGUAUGAUGCUUCGGUGACGAGAGGAGUACUGCGGUAGUGUUCGGUAGCUUCUUGUCAAACGAUCACGUGCUUGUUCUGUCUUAUAUCUGUUAUGCGCAGAUCGAGUGGUCAUGUAUAUGACAUAGCCAUAAAUGAGAAUAGGGACCAUGUGGUUAUAAAGAAAAAAAACGAAAUAAAAAAUGACAACCAUUCCACUCUGUGAAGAUAGAAUGACAGCCAAAGCUGACGACAGUCAAAGCUCUCAAACAAAAAGCAAAGUGCUUUCGCUGCCAUUCCAUCUUCACAGAGUGGAAUGGUUGUCAUUUGUUCGUUCAGCAUCGCGGGAACGUUCUUCGUCAGUGGUCCUUUCGCGCCGGCGCCGUUUAUAUUCUUGUUGCUGUUCCUUCCGGCGCUCCUCGUAUGCGUGUUGUUGUUCGGGUGUAUGAACUAUACGUGUCCGCCCCAUCGAUAACGCAGCUGUUUUUAGCGCCGAUACCUCUCCUGCUUAUGUACUGCGAUGACCUUGACGCGUCGCGCUAUUUUUCACGGCGAGCGUUCUAAUCUGUUCUGCAUUGUGACAUCUGCACCUCCGCACUGCACCCGUGCGUGAUCACACACAAAGCAAACAAUGGAACCCAUUGUGUAUGGGUUAGUUAGAAAUCUCUAAGUGCGGUUCUGUUGUCGGACGCCGAAAAAACUAGGGAAGAUUAGUCAUAUACAACUUUCGCUGUAAAACUGGGCUUUUGGCGCCCAUGUUUAACCAGAAAUUUCAAUUUGAAAUCGCCGCUCUAAGCCUCUUCCACCGACAACGACCGCAAUUUCCGCAUGGUUUGCGUGGCGUCAAGAAGUGCGGGGCCAUUUCUGAGACAUUUGAGAGAGGUAUUGUUUCGAUAUGCCCCUCAGAAAUUAGAUGAAUUUUACGCAUGCACGAUCCUAAGGCCGUCCUCCAGAGAACUUACUCUCUGCAUUAUGCCGUGGAUCCCACGAACAAUUUGAUUGUCGCAGACGUAAGAGAAAUUUGUCAUCGGGCAUUUGAGAAAAGACGAUGUGCAUAUUCGAUGGCUACCAAGUCACUGCGCUAUGGUGGGAAAUGACCAAGUAUACGCAGCCACUCAAUCUGCCCAUGACGGUGUUGAGUGCGUUGAUAUUUUUUUUACUUAUUUAUUUAUUUAAUUCAUUGCAUACACACUAUACAAUACUGUUUGGACCCAUAGCCUUGGAGGCUAGUUUGGGGUCCAAUAACAAAAUAGACAUAAGAAGAACAGCGUACUUAUUCUACGAGACUACUUAAACACAUGUUAGGAAAGCAUUUUUACAUGGAAAAUAGAGAAUAAACAAAGGACUAUGUCAUGACAUCUGGGAAUACAAAUAGAAAGACCCUGUGAGCAUUCAUGAAAGAAGUUUUUUUAAACAUUGCACAAAGUUUUGGCUGACCUUUACACUGAGUGGGAGUGCGUCCCAUAUUAGAGCACCGUUGAACUCCACUAGUCUCUGUCCAUAUAUAUUGUGACGUGGUGGCAAGUUAAUACAGUUGUUACUAGCUGCGCUAGUGUUUCGCGCCGGAAAAUUAAAUAUUGUGAUAGGUAGCGGAUUAUUAUAUCCUGAUGUCAAGAGCUGAUUCAUCGGGAAAGAUUCGCGCGCUUACGCGCGAGCUUACAUUGGCGUAACGGAAUUCGGCGAACUUAGAAAACCAGCACCUUCGUCCCGUGGAUCCCCGUCUCAAGCUCCGCCUUCUGUCCGGCUCGCCACGACGUGACGUAACUCUCACAGGUCGUCUAUGGCUUGGAGUAACAUUCACUACUACCUAUACUAAUCCCUAAUCGGAAUGGCCAGAAGUCAUGGACAUUAGUUCGUGGGCGCCAAGAGACGAUUGCGUAUACGCUCUGUGUGACUGUCCUUUCAAUGAGCACAAAAAAGAAAAAAAGUGCUCGGCACCACGCUCGGCAAGCUUGACAACCGUCCCUUUACGGAAGGGAGAAUCCUUGGACUCCUUAUGGGGGGGGGGGGGGGGUAUACCUUCAUUGUACAUCUAUUGGACAUGUCUAUUUCGUCUGCUGCUGAAGUUCUGAUUGGCUGGGCUGGGAUAUGCGUCAGAAGAAGGCAGGCACCCCCAACCAAUCAGCAGUUCAGCAGCAAAUGAAAUGGAAAUGAAAAUGUCCACUAGGUGGACACUUACAGAAUACCUCCACCCCCCCCCCCCCCCCCCCCCUGCCCGCGCCCUAGGAGUCCAAGAAUUUUUUUUUUCCGUCCGAUACCAACCAGAGUUGCUCUAAAAGCUGGCUUUUUUGUAAGUAUCAGGACUCAAUAAAAAACUGCAGUCAUCUGCAGUUGACUUCCUCGUG